CCGUGGCCCGCCCGUCGCAGGCGGCGGCGAGGGAUGCCCGGGAAGCUGCUGUGGGGGGACAUCAUGGAGCUGGAGGCGCCGCUGGAGGACGAGGAGAAGCCCAAGAGUGAUAGAAGGAAGUCAAGACAUCAUUAUGACUCAACUGAGAAAUCAGAAACAAGAGAGAAUGGUGUUGCAGAUGACCUGGAUGCGCCCAAGCCCAAAAAGGCUAAACUGAAAGAGAAGUUAAAUGGAGACGCUGACGGAUCUAAUAGACUUUCAGAUGAAUUUUCUAAAUCUCAUAAGUCACGAAGAAAUGAUUGGUCAAAUGGAGAUACGGAUGAAUAUGAAAAAAAAUCAAAGCGAGUGUCAUCUCUAGACAGUUCUCAUAAAUCAAGUGAUAAACAAGAGGAGACCCUGGCCCGUGAGCAGAAAGAAGGUGCUUUCUCCAAUUUUCCCAUUUCUGAAGAGACCAUAAAGCUUCUGAAAGGUCGAGGGGUAACAUAUCUCUUUCCUAUUCAAGUUAAGACUUUUGGUCCUGUAUAUGAAGGAAAAGAUUUAAUUGCUCAAGCACGUACAGGAACAGGAAAGACAUUCUCUUUUGCCAUUCCCUUGAUUGAAAGACUCCAAAGAAAUCAAGAAACGAUUAAAAAAAGUCGCUCACCGAAGGUACUUGUUUUGGCUCCUACAAGGGAACUGGCAAACCAAGUAGCCAAAGACUUCAAAGAUAUAACUAGGAAACUCAGUGUGGCAUGUUUUUAUGGUGGAACAUCAUAUCAAGGCCAAAUUAACCAUAUUCGAAAUGGCAUUGACAUCUUGGUUGGAACACCGGGUCGUAUCAAAGACCAUCUGCAGAGUGGCCGAUUAGAUCUUUCUAAACUGCGCCAUGUUGUACUUGAUGAAGUGGAUCAAAUGUUAGAUUUAGGUUUUGCUGAGCAAGUUGAAGAUAUUAUUCAUGACUCUUACAAAGCUGAUUCUGAAGACAAUCCUCAGACUUUACUUUUUUCUGCAACUUGCCCACAGUGGGUAUACAAAGUUGCAAAAAAAUACAUGAAAUCCAGAUAUGAACAGGUUGACCUUGUUGGAAAAAUGACUCAAAAGGCUGCAACUACUGUGGAACAUUUGGCCAUUCAGUGUCAUUGGUCUCAGAGGCCGGCAGUAAUUGGAGAUGUGCUUCAAGUCUACAGUGGCUCUGAAGGACGGGCUAUUAUUUUCUGUGAAACCAAAAAGAAUGUAACUGAAAUGGCAAUGAAUCCACACAUAAAACAGAAUGCUCAGUGUUUACAUGGAGAUAUCGCACAGUCUCAACGAGAAAUCACUCUCAAAGGCUUUAGAGACGGUAGCUUCAAAGUUUUGGUGGCAACAAAUGUGGCUGCUCGAGGUUUGGACAUUCCAGAGGUUGACCUGGUGAUUCAGAAUUCUCCUCCACAGGAUGUUGAGUCCUAUAUUCAUCGCUCUGGGCGCACAGGGAGAGCCGGUCGGACAGGGAUCUGCAUAUGUUUUUAUCAGCCAAAAGAAAGAGGUCAGCUAAGAUAUGUGGAACAGAAAGCAGGAAUAACUUUUAAACGUGUAGGUGUUCCUUCUACCAUGGAUUUAGUUAAAUCUAAAAGCAUGGAUGCCAUCAGGUCUCUGUCUUCUGUUUCUUAUGCUGCUGUUAGCUUUUUCCGACCAUCAGCUCAGAGGCUCAUUGAAGAGAAAGGGGCAGUGGACGCGUUGGCUGCAGCAUUAGCUCACAUCUCUGGUGCAUCAAGUUUGGAACCACGAUCAUUGAUUACGUCUGAUAAGGGAUUUGUGACUAUGACUUUGGAAAGCCCAGAUGAAAUAGAGGAUGUCAACUGUGCUUGGAAAGAACUUAAUAAAAAACUGAGUAGUAAUGCUGUGUCCCAAAUUACCAGAAUGUGCCUCCUAAAAGGAAAUAUGGGUGUUUGUUUUGAUGUUCCUGCAAAUGAAUCAAAAUCGUUACAGGAAGAGUGGCAUGAUUCAGACUGGAUACUCUCAGUGCCAGCCACGUUACCCGAAAUUGAAGAAUAUUACGAUGGAAACACAGCUUCUAAUUCCAGGCAGAGGAGUGGCUGGUCAGGGGGCCGCUUUGGCCGGUCAGGCCGGGCUGGUGGCCGAUCCAGUGGCCGAUCCGGUAGACAGGGGAGUCGGUCAGGGAGUCGACAAGAUGGUAGAAGACGAAGCGGGAAUAGAAACCGAUCAAGAAGUGGGGGCCACAAACGAAGUUUUGACUGAGUAUUUGAUAAUUUACCAGUGUGUGCUUGCCUAUUUCUGCCUAAUCAUGUACAUUAUCUAUCAAAAAUUAGGUCAUCAGGUGAGGUAUUUGUCUGCUAUUCGGAAAGAAGUUGGUCAUAUUUUUUUAAAAAGUAUUUCACAAGAAUGGUUGUAAACAGAUCUACUUAGCCAGUUAUACCUUUGAAUAAAAAAAUGCCUUUAUUGUCUCUUUUCACUA